UCAUUCAUAUUUGGUCUUCCGGAAGUAUACGAGGGUCGGGUUAGCCAGUGCCUGCGCGAGCUGACUCGUGGGGUGAGAACAGUUUCAUAUUCAAUAUUUAAGAAAAAAAGAAGUGUUGCGAGAUUGGUUUCAGUCGCGUACCGAGGCGGUCGGGAUGUCGCUCGAAUAACGGCGUUUCGUGAAAACUGUUACCUUAAGAAAGUUUUAAGUGUGCUGCAUGAACGAGUAGUCUGCGCACUGUCACCGGCUCGAACCGUCGGUACGCAGAAAAUGGCUGGUCGCAGGUCCGAGCGCGGAGUGUGCAUCAGCGGUGUGAGCGCCUUGCAGCCUUCGUGUGAGCGUUUCUCAGCGUGUCGCUCUUUAGGCAGUUCAAAUGCACGCAAAGGGGCACGGGUUCGAGUGGCUGUGUCGCUUCACGACAUCAAAGUGUGAUUAAUGCCCUUGACCAAUGGCUGUGACAGUGCCGUGGAUGGAGACCGACCACUCCAUCAGAUCAGGAAAUGGAUCUGUUUGCAUAGUCUGUGCAAGAGGCUUUGGAAGAACACUUUUAGCGAUAUCUCAGGUAGUAAUAAACUGACUGUUUCCAAAAGUUCUGAGUGACAUCAGCACCCCUUGAGGUGAGCUAACAACUGAAGUUAGCGUACUCAUGGUUCGAACCUCAGAGGUGAUUGGCCAGGACCUUCUCAUCCAUCCAGCAAUCAGGAAGACCAAUCUUGUCACAUUCAGAGACAGUCAGAACUAUGGUGGAUAUGUGAGGAUUUUAAGUUGGUAAAUCAGAAGAUCUCAAUGGAAUUUGAGCCUAAUGGCAAAAUACCCCAAGUUAAUCCCUCCAUCUCAGGAGUAUCCCAAGAACAGAGUCAGCUAGGCAUUUACAGUUUACACAGCUACAGCAAGAAAGGAUCACCAAGACAAGAUUCAUAUACGAUUUCAAAUUAUAUCCCUACUCAGUCAAAUCAAGCCAUUGAAAAUGAUGCCGUCACUGCAGAAACCAAAAUGAGCAAUGUACAGAUAUCUUCAAAACUGAAGUCCAACAUCAUGCCUGACAACAUUUUAAUGGAGAUGAAUGAACCAAUUACCAAAGUGAUAAAUCUCAAUUCUAACUUCUUACCGAGUGAUUUACCAGACAUGGCAGUACAAAGACAAUCCUCUCCUCAAAUCGAUUCUCCUGGUAUCAAAACAUCUGAUGGAGGUGUCAGUCCCAUUACCAAAGAGGAGGUUAAAAUACAAGAUGUUGCAAAAGUUACAGACUCUGAUGAUAUAAUUCUUGGAAAAAUGGAAAACUAUGAUACACUUAAAAAGACUGGAGAUUGUGUAAACAAAGAAAUGACAGAAUGCAGUCAACAUUAUAACAAUGCUGACUGUAACGCUCAAAUCCCUUUUCACAAAAGACCAGAAGGACUUGAUGUAGCAAUGUCUAAGACUAGUGCUGAAGAAGUCACAGAGCAGCAAGAGGUGUUUGAAGCAUUGGAUUUAAGCUUGCCAAAAAAGCAGGUCAGGGAAAAUAAAGAAAAAUGCAAAUGGGUUAUAGAUUCUGGAUAUGAAGGUUCCUUAUUUAUGGAGGUAGAUGAGAUUGAAGAUGAUUCUCAACAUGUAGAGGUGGAGCAAGAUGAGGAUACUGAGGAGUGCUGGUUUCCUUGGAGAAAUGAAGAUAAUAUGAGCAAUUUUCACAUGGAAAAUUGGAAGGAGCACCCUUCUGUUUCACAUGCAGCCAUGCCAUCUCCUCCAUGUGCCAGCUUUUUGUCUCCUGAUCCAAAGGAUACGCUCCUUAUAGAUGACCAAGGCAUUCCUUACACACUUACCCCAGAUGGUCAAAAGGUUCCCCAGAUAGAUCUUUCCGAAGUGCCAAAGGCUUCCAUGGAGCAGAUUAACCCUGGAUUUGUACAGUCUGAUAUUGACUCAUCAGGGCCUGUCCAAGAUUCUGACAGUUAUCAAGAGUUUCUUCCAAAUCCGUCUUUAAACUCAUCCCCUGUUCUUUCAACAGAAACCUCAGAAGCUACCUUAAGGGUGGAAAAGAAAUCUUCUCAUGACUCUACUGUUCAGGCUAGGCCAACAGCCUUAUCGGUUGUUUCUAGCUUGUCUUCUGUUCCUAUACAGAUUGUGGCUAGUAACACUGGAUCCAACACUCCCAUCCUCCUUCUUCCUCCUUCUCAGCUUCAGACCCUUUCAUCAUCAGCAUCUAAUGCUAAUCCAGGAAUUAUGGCUCUGUCGUUGCCUUUUGCGCUUGCUCAGAAUCCGCAGUCCUCCCCCGUCUUUCUUGUUCUUUCAACUCCUCAAGUGUCCUGUGGAAUUCAAUCUUCCUCAUUAUCAGGGCAGUUUGCUCAGAUUUCCUCUGCAUCCGCUGUUGCACUUUCUUCACCUUCAGGUUCGCUUAGCCUUAAACCAGAACCAGACUCCUGUACUACUACUACAAACCUCUCAGGACAAAAUAAGCCCUGUAAAUUUUCUUCGUCUCUCCCUACCUCACCCAAUGCCUCCUCUAGUACUUCCUCAGUGACCUCUACAAGUCCCACUAAGCAACUGAAAACUGAUAUCUGUUCUGAUACUCCCACUUCUUUUCGAGAAGCACUGCUUAGAUUAGCGGUAUCUGCUGAACAAAAAGAUGAAAACCGACCUGAAUGCACUGUUGCGCCUUCAGCGCUUACCCCAUCAUCCUGUAGUGAAGCAACCCAGUCACAUUCCCCCUCAACAACUAAUGGUCUAGAGGAACAUUGCAACAAUGAACAAGCGUUGUCACCAACCUCUGAUCCAGCUUCCAUCUCGGUGGACCAAACGGACUCUUUAUUAAGCCCCAUCUCCACCGAAGAUCUUCUGCCACAGUCAUCCACUUCAUCUCCUCCAGCAUCACCCAUAUUUCCCACCAACCAUCCAAAAAACCAGGAUUCGCAGGCGUUAGGCCCACGUCGUAUUCUUUACUGCCAGUACUGCCCAAGGGUUUUCUACUACCUCUCAGACCUCGAGCGCCACUCCAUCACACACUCUCAAAACAAGCCACAUGUGUGCCAGCUGUGUGGAAAGGCCUUUAAACGCUCAAGCCAUCUGGAGCGACACAAGCAUAUCCACACAGGCCAGCGGAACUUUGUGUGCCAGCUUUGCCCACGGCGUUUUCGAGAGGCCGCAGAGCUAACGAGGCACCAGCGGGUACACACAGGUGAAAAGCCUUUUCAGUGUCUCUUAUGCCACAUGCGGUUUGCUGAGCGCAACACCCUACGGCGGCACACUAAGCGCAAGCACCAGGGUCAGCAGCAGGAGGCAAUGAACAUGAAGGUAAAGCCAGAAACUGAAGGGGUCUCCGUUGUUGGUGUGCAGGGGCAACAGGAAGAGAAUGCAGAGUGGUAUAGCUCAGCAGUGACUGAGAUGGAAUCUGACAAUGAUACAGGAGGAGAAUGAAAGCAGAAAAAAUCUUUGUGUAUUUCAUAGUGUGAUUUUGUGGAAAUUGAGCUUGCAUUUAAUUUUUUAUUUUACAUCCAAAUUCUUUUCCAUGCUGCUUUUACAAUGUAUACAGUUAAAUUUCAUUCCACUACAGUAACUAGACCUUUACCAUAUAUCACUAAACGAGGCAGCACUGUGGCUUUGUGAAUCUUGUUUUAAUGGUAUUGUGUCUAACAUUUAUCUGUAUUUCUUUUUAAAUGUGUAUUUUACUCUCACACUUCUUAGAUUGUCUUAAUUACAGGAGUUUUCUUUUCUGGUAAAACGAACUAUUUUGCUGUGAUGUUAGUUCAGAUUACCUACACUGUUCAGAUUACCUAUGAUAGACAGAUUACCUAUGCUGUUCAGAUUACCUAUGAUGGACAGUGCUUUCCCUAAGAUAAUGCAAAUGUUCUCAUCCUUGCUUGGUCACUAAGUAAUGUGUAUUUCUUUUUAGAUAUAUACAGGGGUUUACUUGAGUUUUAUAUUUUAUUUCAAGCUGUGCACAGCUUUGUUUUAUUACCCUUGUGCCUUGAAUUAUUAUAUUUCAGCAUUUCUAUUAAGAAAUAAAUAAUUUGCCUUUUGUUCAGACAGAAGAAAUCAUGUGUACCUUGGAAAAGACCAUUAGUCUGACUGAUUAAAGUAAUAGGAAUAAUUUUAGGGUGGCAUGUGCUCUAAGGUGAAUUUUAUUGCUUUCAAUUUGCUGCUGUAUAAUGUAAUAAUUGAAGUGGAAGGGUUCUCUGUUUCGCUGAUAUUACUGGAUGUGUUCACAAAAUCAUGGGUGUAUCCUUUUCUGUCUGGUCAUUUAAGUUAUGCACGAUAUGCUAAAUUAAGUUACAGUUAUAUAUAGUAUGAAUGACACUGAAAAUGUAGUUUACAUUAGAAGCAACCUGUACAUAGACAUAGUAUUUGAUCCUUGGAUUUUCAUUUGCAUUGCUUAAACAUGAGUGAAACUCAAAGAAACGCAUAUCUGCAGAGUAUAUAUAUUGUGUAAUAUAUUAAUAUAUUCCCUGUAAAUAACAAAAGAUCACCCUGGGUCUAAUCGCCUAGGGUUAAUUUGACACUCACUAUAGCUUGUAUUUUCACAUUUAAUUAAGAAUCUGAAUAUUUGCACACUAUAAUGGAAGCUUGCUUGCUGACCCUUGUGCUUUACUCCACUGGUUCCCGUGGUCAAUUAUCCAAGCAAUUUAGUCCGCUUGGGCCCCACUGGACCGCAGAUAUCGGAAGCUUAAAGAGCUUAGGCCAGGCUGCUCUGAAAUAUCACCUAAAUGGCUCUAUUUGGUUUGCACCCUUGUGUUAUUCUCAUUUUACAUUCAAAUGGAUUCAGAUCAGUUUUAUUUACUGAACUAAUUUCACAGUAGACCUGCCACAGAGCUGAGUUACCCAACUUUUUUAAAACUGUAAUGAUAUGUCAUUGUCACAAGAGAGUCACAGGAGUCCUCCGCCUUUUAAAAAGAGUGAGCAAAUUUGCACCCUGUAAAGUACGCAGAAAACUAUACAUUAAAAGGUGUUUGGUGACAUCUAGCAUCUACAAUACACAAACUACACAGCUAUAGUAGACACAUGCAGUGAAUAUUACAGCUGAAGUACUGUAUGGCAUAAUCUCUGUUACGCUCAGAUGUUUCAAUAAAGGGCCCCAAAAUAAAAAUAGUCUUAGAUAUUUUUAUCUGAAAUACAUUUUUGUUCACAUUUUUGGCUAGUGUAAUAUGCAAUGCUAUUGUUACUCUGAUCAACUCAUAUACUUAAAUGUGAUCUUUUUCAAAUGUUUUGGACAUUUAUAAUGACAUA